CCUAGAAAAUGUGAAGAGUAAAGAGAAAAAAAAAGAUAGAGAUCAAGAACCAGUGAAGGUUGUUUAGUAGCAGCCACCACCACAAAGUGUGAGCUGAAAUUGCUGAGAAGCCGCUCGCUCACCCUUUCAAAUUUUUAACAUUUACAUACAAACCCAAAUCCAUUCUCCAUUCACUAUUAUGGCUUCCCUCACUCUUCCUUCUCCUUCACAAGCUUCCUCUUCUUCUUCUUCUUCUUCAUUUUCUUCCUCUUUCUUACGUCGCUCUUCUCUCACCCAUGCAACUCUCUCUUUUAAUGAAUCUCGCCGCCGAAUUCAUUUAUCUAACGCCGUUGAAAAUAUUUUUCGUUUGAAGAGAUGUGACCUGUCUGAGCAAUUGAGUUUUCCUAAUGGAAAGCCAAAUAUUCCUAUUCUUAAUGAACGAACGCUGCCCAAAUUUUUGGAAUCAGCACGAAUGGAGAAAACAGUCAGCAGAACUAAUACCAGGCUAAAAUUAUUUUCUGGCACAGCGAAUCCUGCACUUUCUCAGGAAAUUGCUUGGUACAUGGGCUUGGAAUUAGGAAAGAUUAACAUAAAGAGAUUUGCUGAUGGCGAAAUUUAUGUUCAGUUGCAAGAGAGUGUUAGAGGCUGUGAUGUGUUUUUGGUGCAGCCCACGUGCCCUCCGGCUAAUGAGAAUCUCAUGGAGCUUUUAAUAAUGAUAGAUGCUUGUAGGAGAGCGUCAGCCAAAAAUAUUACAGCUGUGAUUCCUUAUUUUGGAUAUGCUAGAGCUGAUAGAAAGACUCAAGGACGUGAAUCUAUUGCGGCCAAACUUGUUGCAAAUCUUAUCACAGAGGCAGGUGCAAACCGUGUUCUUGCCUGUGAUCUUCAUUCUGGGCAAUCUAUGGGUUACUUUGAUAUUCCAGUUGACCACGUAUACUGUCAGCCUGUGAUCCUUGAUUACCUGGCAAGCAAGACGGUUCCUUCUAAUGACUUGGUAGUAGUUUCACCUGAUGUUGGUGGAGUCGCAAGAGCACGUGCUUUUGCAAAAAAGUUAUCCGAUGCACCUUUAGCCAUUGUCGAUAAAAGGCGUCAUGGACAUAAUGUUGCAGAGGUGAUGAACCUGAUUGGGGAUGUAAGAGGAAAAGUUGCUGUAAUGGUGGAUGACAUGAUUGAUACUGCUGGGACUAUUGCAACAGGGGCAGCUCUUUUACAUCAAGAAGGAGCUAGAGAAGUUUAUGCUUGCUGCACGCAUGCUGUUUUGAGCCCUCCUGCAAUAGAGAGGUUGUCCGGUGGUUUGUUUCAAGAGGUGAUAAUUACAAACACGCUUCCAUUAGCAGAUCAGAACUACUUCCCGGAAUUGACAGUACUUUCAGUAGCAAACUUAUUGGGGGAAACCAUAUGGCGUAUUCAUGAUGAUUGUUCCGUUAGUAGCAUUUUUCAGUGAUGAAGGAUAGCUCCUUCUAAAUAUUAUACAGGUCUUUAGACAUAUAACCUAAUCUUGGGUAUAUCAAAACGGAGAUAUACAAUUUCUCAUUUCAUUUCCUCCGAAUGCUUUUUAACCAUAGAAUUUUUAUUUUGGUUUAUUUCACCCCCCUUUUUUUUUUCUCUUUAUACAUUUUUUCUUGGUCUUAUUACUAAGAUAUUUAGUUUGCGCAAGAUGAAUUGCUAUCUGUUUGGCUAGUAUUGCCAUGUAAUCUCCCUUCUAAAAGAAAAAAAAAAUUAUAUAUA